AUGCGCCCUGUCAUUGCCGUUGAUGCUACCUAUUUGAAGUGCAAGUAUAAAGGUGUUUUGUUUGUUGCGACCGCAUUUGAUGGAAAUCGUAAUAUAUAUCUGAUUGCCUUUGGGAUUGGAGAUUUGGAGACGAAUGCAAUGUGGGAGUGGUUUUUGACAAAACUACAUUAUGCAAUUGGUGAUUGCGCGAAUCUUGUUGUCAUAUCCGAUCGAAAUGUCAGCAUACAAAAUGGGUUGAAAAAAGUUUUUCCUGGGGCAACACAUGGAAUUUGCUGUUAUCACUUGAAGGGCAAUAUGAAAGCCUCAUUUCGCUUGAAGCAGCGGGAUCCAAUAUUGGGGUAUUUUGUAAGGGCAGUGAAGUCGUAUCGUCUGGGGGAGUUCAAUCGUCACUUCUUCAUGAUAAAUAAUGACCGAGUGCAAACUUAUCUAGUACGUGUAGGCCUCCAGAAGUGGUCUCGAGCCCAUUGUGAUGGACGACGCUAUAAUGUGAUGACAACAAAUAUUGUGGAGUCCAUAAAUUCAGUUCUUCGUUUGCAAGGAUGCUUCCGUCAACGACGAGAUUUAGCAAGGAAAUGUCAAUCUACGUUGUGCCCUGAUUUAGGCGAGCAGAAGUUAAGGAAGAGGUUAGACGCUGCUUCAAGGAUGAAUGUGGUCAAAAUCAAUGAUGGGGAGUAUAAUGUUCUGGAUGGUGAUAUGAACGGGCUGCAUGCUAUUGCGGUAUGUCGACACUUGAAAUUGAACCCCGACUCCUUGGCCUCUUCGUAUUACACACGAGCAACAUGGGCAGCUGCAUAUGCUGAAUCCAUUUAUCCUGUACCACCUCAAGGGACAUGGGUUAUUCCUGAUCAUUUGCACAAUAUAAAAAUCCUCCCUCCUCUUUCUAAGGUUAUGCUAGGGCGUCGUAAAACACAAAGAAUACCUUCUAAAGGAGAGGACCGGCGUGAAAACAAAUGCUCAAGGUGUGGUGUGAAGGGCCACUAUCGAAAUACAUGCAAACAAUAUGUCCCCGUCACCAACAAGCAACAGGUUGCGUAUAGGUGA